AUGUCCAAAAUUCUCCAAUCUUUUACUGUACCAUGGACAAACAAAGACAAAAGGGAGUACGCUUGGCUUCCAGGAGACGGAAAUACCGAGCCUCAUGUUGAAGAUGAAAUUCAAGUCUCAGCAAGAGGCAAAUUUCAUGUUUUUAGGCAAGCCGUGUUAUGCGCAGGUCGUCUGUUGAUAGUGUCAUUGGCGGCCUUUGGUCUUUACUCUCUCCUCACAUCAGACUCCCCAUCCAACUCUCAAAUGCAGCCCAUGUCUUGCAACUGUGGUGAAACAAUCGCAGAAGCCCGCGCGAAUGGCUGCGUGUACGAUUCACUUGCCGCCGCCUGGCUUCCACCACACUGUCGGUCUCCUGAGUUAACGGCCGAGUUCGAGUCUCUGGGCCCAAACGAACCCGACACAACAGGCAACACCUGGGGUUACUGGCAUGACAAGAACCAGACGUAUCCCAUGACACUGGAGGAAGUGAGCCAACUACCAGAGGCGGCCCGCCAUGGUCAAUAUGCUCGAUUCUUUACCACGCACCAAUGGCAUCUCGUGCAUUGCGUGUUCUACUGGCGCAAGAUGUGGGAGGCAGCGCGCUGUUCUCGGGGAGUCGCGGGCGCAUCUUGCGGCAAGGACGGCAUGCUUGUCAUUGAGAAACGCUACGACACUCUCAUGCACAUCAAUCAUUGCAUGACCAUGUUCUUGAUGAGGGAUCCUCUCGAUCACAUUGCCGCCGAAGCUGGUGUCGCGCUUCACUCCGACGAGCUUCACAUCGCGAAGCCUCAUAAACACCAAGAUCAGAGUAUCACGGCCGAGAAGACGGGCGCGAAGCACAAAAGCGCGAGCUCGAGUACAUCCAAAGACCCUUACGGCGAGACAAAAGAGAGCCAUAAGCAUGGAAAGAGCGAUCCAUACGAUGACUAG